AUGGACAUUUCCGCGCUGCCCAACAACAACAGGCCGGAGAAGUUCCUCCAGCUGGAUGUGGGGAUGCUGCCGGCCACACACGGGAUGUUCCAAGUGGGAGCGGCCAUGUCGAGUCACAGACACUGGCACAACCGGGUCUACUCUCAGAGAGAUAGGAACCAAAACAGCCCGCCUUCAUCACCCGGGGCGGCUCCAGUGCAGUUUGAGGACCGAUAUCUGGAGAAGCACAUCACUCCCGUCACACUCAAGUGCAACGUCAAGCGCAACCCUCUCUACAUGGACAUCAGGAGUGUGGACAUGGGGGAGCAGGAGAAGACCAAACCCUCCUGGACUGUGAAGGAGUAUGACACGCAAACAGUUCAUGGGAACCUGGAGGAGUAUUUGAAGGAGGACGAGAAGACGGCUAGAGAUCUGGACUUCUGGCUGGAGGACCUGUACACCCCUGGCUUUGACUCAUUGCUGAAGAAGACAGAAGCAGAACAGAGGAGGAAAAAACUAUGCAAGCUUCUGACUUUGGUGUGCGUGUCUGUGUGUGCGGUUCUGGUGGUCAUCAUCGUGCCAGUCCUGGUCCUUCAAAGGACAGACUGA